ACUGGGCAUUCCAUCACGGUCCUUCAUCACCUGAAAAUCGACUCAAGAAAGGUUCGGAAACGAACGAAAGAUUGGUGACAAUUUUGUUGGUGCGAAGGGAGGACCCCACCCCUUCCUUCCUUGGCAUUCAUCAAAGUCAUCGUCCUCAUCUUCACAAUCACCAAUUUUUCUUUGUGCGUGUGUGCACCAUCACUCAUAUCUGCCCAAGGUUCGUCUUCGUUCAUCCUUCCCCUCAUUCGUUCUCAUUUAUUUCUGCAACAAAUCUCGGGGUGUUUUUUGUUGGGCGUGCCGGAAUCUAGAAUUGCAUUAAUUACAACUUCCCAGAUCGUUAUUGAAGACUCAAAUAUUUUUCACUCACUCCAACAGAUUUGGAUUUUCAAAAUUGUGGAGGUACUCGUCUGUUUUCAUCUUUUUAUUACCAAUUCCAUCUUCCAGGUGUCACACACCAUCGGAAUCAGCUUUGUUUCAUACCAUAACUGUUGGUUCAAGCUCAUUUUCACCCUAGCUCGUUGCUGAUCAGGCGUUGGCAAGGUGGCCCACCAUUGGGUUUGGUGGGCUUUUGCUGAAACCAAUGAAAUUUAUUACUCUCCAUCUUUUAAAGGUGUUGUGAACUACUACUUCGAUAAAUUGCUCAGACUUUUGGCUUUUCAUUAGUUUGGGUUUUCUCCCACUAUUGGCUUCUAUACUGAUCAUUCCUCCCAAUUGUAAUAUAAAUACUCAAGUUUGACCCGACUUUAAGGUUUAAGAUUUCCCCCUUUUUCUAAUAAUAAUGCUUCUCUACUUCAUCACUUGUCUCUCUUUCUUCCUCUUUUUAAAGUCUCUUCAUCCUCUCAAGUCAUUCCCACCAUGGGCGAGUGAGAUCAGGCUGAUUUCCCUUUUGUUUUACAAAGACCUGUCCUUAAUCUCAUCAUAUAAGUUGAUCAGCCAAAUUCCUUCACGGAUGUGCCUAGUGAACAAGACCCCUACCACGAAAAAAGCAGAGGUUAACGUUUUUGAGGAGGACACACAUGAUUUGUCAGUGUUGGACUUGCCAGACCUGGUCUUGGAAUGCAUUCUUGAAAGGCUAUCUCCUCCGGCGCUUUGUAAAAUGGCAGGUGUUUGCCGUUCCUUGAGGGAGAGAUGUGUAAGUGAUUAUUUCUGGGAAAGGCACAUGAAACAGAAAUGGGGUAGAGUUAUCGGUCCAGCUGCUUACAGCCAGUGGCAAUGUCAGAUCGCUUCAAAACAUGAUGAUGUUGUCGCUCCUAGAAAAGCCAAAGAAAGGGGGUUAUUGAGGUUUCUUCCCGUUAGUCUGUGGCCUUUUUCGUGGAUUAGAUUAUUAAAGGUUGCUUCAAACAAUAGCAGCGGCAAGCAGCAGAGUUCCUUGCCUACUCAUUCAGUCAUGACAUGGUAUCUUGCUCUUGAAUCUGGCAGUUUUUGGUUCCCUGCUCAGGUCUAUAACCGUGAGAAUGGUCAUGUUGGAUUCAUGUUGUCUUGCUACGAUGCUGAGCUUAGUUAUGAUCCACGCACUGACACCUUCCAUGCCAGGUACCCACCUCAUGGAAGUAAGCCAGUUGCAAUAGAGAAUGGCAUUCCGUGGGAAAGAUUGCGAGCACCACCUGUUGAUACUUCUCCACGUGAUCUUCAUAUCUCUGAUUGCUUGAAUGAUUUGCGUCCGGGUGAUCACAUAGAGAUUCAGUGGAGAAGAAACAAAGAAUUUCCUUAUGGUUGGUGGUAUGGUGUUGUUGGUCACCUGGAGUCGUGUGAUGGGAAUGAAACUUACUGCCGUUGUCAUAACAGUGACACAAUUGUCCUAGAGUUCAAUCAGUACGCUGGGGGGUCACGAUGGCGACGAGCGACUGCCAGUAGGAAAGAUCAUAGGGAGGAAGGAAAUGAGGCUGAUGGUUUCUAUGGAGGAAUCAGGAAGAUUGACAAUGUUCAUGAGAUUUCCAUGUGGAAACAACUUUGGCCCUCUGAAAUCUUAGACUGAUAGGAGGAAUUGCGUCAGUAUCAGAAGUAUCUUCACCUGAGCAUGAUUUCAAGAAAGAGGCUUACUGUUUUGUUUUUUCAGAGACUGAAGCAUCGAUCAAAGGAGGUAUAUAGAAUUUGAAGUGGCUUCCUGUGAGAUUAGAAGCGUUUGUUGUCAAGUUGUUUAGUAAAACAAUAACACGUAGAUCAUUGUUAUGAGUCAGCAUUAAAUUAAAUUAACUCAUCUGUCAUGAUUAUGCUGAAUAACUUGUGGGCAAACAUUUAAAAGUUAGGUUUAAGUUUCUUCCUUUCAUCACCUCGUUCACUCGCUUUUGAGAAUAUUUAGCAUAUUCAUGUGAGUUCCAUCAAUGUAAAUUAGUAAAGUACUUCUCAUUUAUGGGCACGUUGUAGAAUAUUCAUUCCACGAUAUAUAUAUAUAUAUAUAUAUAUCGAAUGAUUCUGUAGUUCUGGCAAUGAUCAACAUGUAAUGGGGGUUCAUCUUA